GGUCCAUCAACUAACCACCAACUACCAACUUCAGACUCUCACACCCUUAUCACGAACCUCAAAGAGUUCAUUUCUCUCUAUUCGCAUCUAUUCGCUCGUAGAAAAGACUCCACCAACAAGAUGAAGCCCGUCGUAGGAGUCAUGCAAGCUUGGUCUUGCAUCGUCAUCUCAGUAUUUGCCGUCAUCAUCCUCUCUAUCAUCGGCGCUCUCUUCAAGAGCAAUAACCACGCACUCUUGGGUGGAAAGGAGGACCCUGACGACGGGGCCGCGGUCGCUGCUACCGUUUUCUCUGCUGUCGUUGUUUAUGCGGUUUUCAUCGUCGGUUGCGGUUUCCAAGCUUACCUACAUUUCCGCGACAAUCGAAGAGGUGCUAUUUCUCUUUCUUAGUAAACGAUUGGCGAUUAGCACUGGUAUAUACGAGUUAGGCUUAGAAUUUUGGAGUCGAUUCGGCGGCGUAUGGUGUUCAUUUCAUUCUGAGACCAUUUGAUCGAUGGAAAUUGUAUUGUAUGAAAGUGGGAAAUGAAAUAGAAUGAUAAUACUGGUUUAUUGGUCCAACGAAAUUGCCACGCAAGACUCGUGCGAGGACGAAGUAUUGUCAGCCUAGUGACCGGGUCUGACUUAACCAAUUUCCUACAUGUCUUCAGCUUGGUCGAAUACAUUGAUAUCUGGCGUGUGUAGCAGAGGCCGACAGUUUCACCAUUUUCCGCAUCUUCCUGAGAUGCCUAGGUUGUAAAUGAAGAAUUUCAUUCGAUACUUUGGCGAGCGACCCUAUGCUCUCAUUGUGCUUCCUUUAUCUUCCUAUAUUCAAUAUGACUUUUGCA